AUGGCUCCCAGCGAUGAGCUCGAGGCUUUACGGCAAGCCGUCGUUGCGAAACAAGAGGAGGUUACCACUCAAGGCGACACCGUGCGAGCCCUAAAAGCCGCGAAAGCCGAUCGCGCCGAGAUCGACGCGGCGAUCGAAAAGCUCAAGCACUUAAAGAUCGACCUCGAGUCGGCAACCAAAACGUUCACGGCAAAGUCGGAGGCGGAGGGAGGAGGGAAGGGGAAGGAUGCGAGCAUCAAUCGGGAGGCGUUUCGGCAGGCCGUGAACAACGCGUUGGAGCGGCGGCUGUUCAUCAUUCCGAGCUUCAAGAUCUAUGGCGGCGUGGCUGGGCUGUUCGACUACGGCCCGCCCGGCUGCGCCGUCAAGUCGAACGUGCUCGCCUUCUGGCGCCAGGUGGGGUCUGAGGCAGGCCACGUGGCCAAGUUCGCGGACCUCAUGGUGAAGGACCACUUCGUCCUGGAAGAAAAUAUGCUCGAAGUGGACUGCCCGUGCGUCACCCCCGACGCAGUCCUGCGAGCAUCAGGCCACGUGGACAAAUUUACCGACCUCAUGGUGAGGGACGUGAAGACGCAGGCGUGCUACCGCGCGGACCACCUGCUGAAAGACCACCUCGGGGAGCUGCUAGAGAAGGAGGUGACUAUGGCGCCUGAGCGGCGCGAGGAGAUCAAGCACGUGCUGGCCGUGCUGGACGAGUACGGUGCAGAGGAGUUGGACGGGAAGUUGAAGGAGUUCGGCGUGAAGGCGCCGGACACGAAGAACGACCUGUCUGCUCCAUACCCAUUCAACCUCAUGUUUUCCACCGCUAUUGGCCCCACGGGGUUGUUGCACGGCUACCUGUGGCCCAAGACAGCGCAGGGCAUAUUCGUCACCUUCAAGGACCUGCUUUACUACAUCGGUGGCAAGCUGCCCUUCGCUGCUCCCCCACUCUCCCCAUCUUCCCCCCCCCCACUCCCCCACUCUCCCCAUCUCCCCGCCCCCCACUCCCCCACUCUCCACCGAUCCCACCAGCUACCUCCCUACCUGCGGCCCGAGACAGCGCAGGGCAUAUUCGUCAACUUCAAGGAUCUGCUGUACUACAACGGUGGCAAGCUGCCCUUCGCUGCUGCUCAGAUCGGCCAGGCCUUCCGCAACGAGCCCCAUGAACGUGAUGUGAGCCCCAUGAACGUGAUCCCCAUGAACGUGAUCCCCAUGAACGUGAUAGCGGGGCUGCUGCGAGUGCGUGAGGUCACGCUAGCAGAGAUCGAGCGCUUCGUGAGCCCCACGGACAAGUCCCUCCCUUAUCGCACCCCGUCCCCUUCCUUGCACCACUCAUCCCCAACCCCACUGCUCCCCCAGAUCGCCCCCAGAGCGACUGGGCUGCUGCGAGUGCGCGAGUUCACGCUAGCGGAGAUCGAGCACUUUGUGAGCCCCGCCGACAAGUCGCACCCGCGCUUCUCCUCGGUGGCCGACCUCUCCUUCCUGCUCUACCCACGCGCGGAGCAGCUGGGACCCAAACAGCCCGUCACCAUGCGGCUCGGGGAUGCUGUGGAGAAGGGCAUAAUCAACAACGCGACUCUCGGGUACUUCAUCGGGCGCACGUUCCUCUUCCUCUCGCGCCUGGGCAUCGACCCGCAGCGCCUGCGCUUCCGCCAGCACCUGCAGCACGAGAUGGCGCACUACGCCACGGACUGCUGGGAUGCUGAGAUCGAAUGCUCGUACGGCUGGGUGGAGUGCGUUGAAAACUUCGUCUCCCCCCCUCCUGCUCACUCUCACCAACUGGAGAAGAGCAAGGUGGAGCUGGUGGCGUAUGAGAAGUUCCCAGAGCCCAGGGAGGUGGAGGUCAAAUAUGUCAUCAAGUCACCACUGCCCAUCCUCACUUUCCUCCUUCCCCCUGCCAUUGACGCACGUGAACAGGAGAAGAGCAAGGUGGAGCUGGUGGCGUAUGAGAAGUUCCCCGAGCCACGUGAGGUGGAGGUGAUGAGCAUCGUGCCCAGCAAGAAGGACAUUGGUAAGGCCUUCAAGCGUGAUGCCAAGCUCAUUGCUGAGUCGCUGGAGGCAAUGACGGAAGCAGAGGCACUGGCGAUGAAGGCAGCGCUGGAGGCGGAUGGCAAGGUGGAGUACACUCCGUGUGGGGGCAGCCAGGCGUUCAGCCUCAGCAAGGAGAUGGUGGCCAUCAGCAAGGAGAAGAAGAAGCUGCAGGCGUUCAGCCUCAGCAAGGAGAUGGUGGCCAUCAGCAAGGAGAAGAAGAAGCUGCAGGGCCAAUCCUUCACCCCAUCCGUAAUCGAGCCGUCGUUUGGCAUAGGGCGCAUCAUCUACUGCAUCUACGAGCACAGCUUCUACUCCCGCCCCUCCGCCGACGAGGCGCGCACAGUCUUUCGCUUCACACCGCUCGUGGCGCCCAUCAAGUGCACCGUCUUCCCGCUCGUGCAGCGCGGGGACCUUGAGAAGGUGGCGCAGGAGGCGAGUGCAGGGCUGACCAAGGGAGGCGUGGCGAAUAAGAUUGACACCACGGGCACGACGAUUGGGAAGAGAUACGCACGGACGGAUGAGCUCGGGUGCCCGUUUGCGAUUACGGUGGAUGGGCAGACUCUGGAGGAUGGCACCGUGACUCUACGGGAGCGUGACAGUACAGCGCAGGUGCGCAUUCACAAGGAUGAGGUGGCAUCGGUGGUGCGCCAGCUGGCGGAUGGGCUGCUGGUUUGGACGGAUGUGCAAAGCAAACGCUUUCCUGGUUCUGAUGAGCUUUCAGCGCAAGGAGCAGCGCCAGAUGGGUCCUGUGCUGUCGUCGCAGCACGGGGGAACGCCGCGCUGUGCCGCUGCUGCCACGUCAUUGACUGGUCCACAGCUCAGAGUAACGCUGUUGCUGCAAACAAGGGAUGUGCAGUAGAUGUGGUGGAGCAGCGGGUCAGUAGCAACCCUCCUGAACCGACUGCACCAAGGAAGGAUGGCGGGGUGCGGCGGACUGAGUCUACUGAGAUUGAUAAUGGCAGUCAGACGAUGAAGGAUUAUCUUCUGUCGGGUGCAGCCUGCAGCAGAGAAGGUCUGGCAUCCGCUCGUUCGGCGUCGGCCCCACCAUCUCCUCCACCGGAGGGAGUACCAGUGCUGGGACGGCCAUCAGCAUCGCCACCAGCGCCAGCAGCACCGCCACCAUUGCCAGAAUUGCCACGACUGCCGCCAUCGCCAGCAGCAUUACCAACCCCUGCAGCACCAAUCUGGCCCGCCUCCCCUCCUCGCUACCUGCCCUUCCAUGCUGCUCGUACACGUCAGCUCGGUUCACCUAGCACUGACGUGGCCAAGGGCACGGUGGCAAGGGAUUGUGGGGAGCAUGCUAGCAGUGGGAGACAACAAGGCAUAGGGACAGUGGGGCAUACAGCAACCCGUGCAGGCAUUGGGAAUGGCGUUACUGACGUAAGGGAUGGUACUAUUAACACAAAGAAUGGACGUAUGGACAAAGGGAAUGGUGGUACUGACCUCAUGGAUGGGUCAAGCAUGGGGGUUGAUAAUGACAUGGAGAAGGGCGGUAUGGGGAGUAAGGUGGAGAGGCGAGUGGGGCGGAAGAGAAAGGCAGAGAGGGAGGAAGAGCAGGCAGCAGGCAGGGCGGGGUUGCCUCACAGCGUUUCCGUAUUGGACAGCAAGUUUGGGCUGCUCGCUGCAGUCGUUCCCAUGCUGGACUGCAAGUUUGGACUGCUGGCUGCAGUGUAUGGUUUCUUGGAGCAGUGGGCAGUCAAGGCCACGUGGAAGCGGCUGGAGGUCGCAUUGAAGGCCCUUGGGAGCAGCGCCGAGGGCGAAGCCGUUGCUCUGCAAGACAUCAGGGACAUGGCAGCACUGGCCCCUUCGGUGAUUUGGACGUGGGAAGAGGAAGACGAGGAGGAGGACGAGGAAGGGAAAGUGGGGGGAAAGGUUGAGCCAGUGGAGGCAGGAAGAGGGAGUGAUGGGGAGGAAGUGAGUGAGGGGAGUGAAGGGUGUUCAAGUCAUGCGCGGGAGAAGGGAGCUGGCAGCUGCAGAGAUGAAAGGGACCGAGGAGGAAGGGGAAGACAGGGUGGAAAACGGGAGGAGGGCGGAGUUGACGAGGGGCGAGAAGAUCAGGGAAGGAGAUGGGGGAAAGCACCUGUAACGGGAGGGGAGAAGGGGAGAGGAGAUGGAGGUGCGCUGGUUGUGGUGGUGGGCAUGUGGGACCCGUCUCGACCGCCAGAGCAGCAGAUCAAGCGGGGAGGCAUGCUGCUGCAAGUCCCCAUCGUCCCCAAUUUAUGUGGAUUUUACUAA